UCCUGUUAACUACUGCUCAGGACUUUCCAUAUGGUUGUUGUUUUAUAUAAAUGUGCCAAAGUCUUGUUGGUUUAUUCAGUUUAUUUCUUCCCCUCUAAGAGUAACAUUGACAUUGAAUAUACUUACGUAAUCCUGAAAAAGUGUUCUUACAAUGGAAGCGCUAUACUUGUUUCUUCUUACCAUGCUCGUGACUCUCUCCACACAUGCUUCACCAGUUCCAGAUGAUUCGAGGUAUUUAUACUACGCUGAUAGAGCACCUGCUAAUCUCAACAGACUCUUUCUGGUAAGGAGACAAGCGGAACCUGACAUUGGAUAUUCGGAUGAGUCCCUGGAUGAUUCACCACGAAGACAUUAUUACCGUCCAUACGUUCGUAUCAGAAGAGUGUACCGCACCCAUUAUCAGCCAAGGCACCCCUUAUCUAAUUAUGCGGACUCUUAUGACAGAUUUCCAACAGUAGCUUAAAAUAUAUUAUGAAGGUGAAGGUUAUCUCUGAAGAAGAUAUUGCAUAUCGCAGAAAAACGGAUUAUUAGGUAAAAACAUAUAUCCAAGAAUUUCAAAACAAUUUUAUAUUAUGCACAUCCUAGAAUCAAUAGAGCCAUAAAAUAAAGUACCUACAUGUUAAAAAACAGUCCAAGAACUUGUCUAAUUUUUGUUGUUUUAGGGCCUUGCUUAUAUUAUGAUGUGCAAUGACAGUUUUUUUAUCUUUGGAUAUCUGUAUAUGCUUGGCAUAAAUUUAUUUACUUAGGUAUACAGGGUGUUUCAUUAAUAAUUGGAAAUAUUUUAACUGUAGAUUUCUGGGCUCAAAUCACUUGGUCCGAAAAUGCUUCCUAAGGGAGCUAGAGUUCUUUGAAGAUGCCGUCUUGUAAUUAGUUUUUUUUAAAUACCUCCAGAACGCUUCUAUUUAGAAGAACGAAAACUGGUACACUUAUUUAUGUUCCAGAGAUAAAUAAAUUCCAUAAAUUUCCAAUUUCUAGUACCGGUCAUAAGCGUCCCUUUUGUGUAGAGCAACGGUUAUUUUAUCGCAUAACUUUUAUGUCUUUAACUUUUUAAGCAUUCUUGACAAAUGAUUAUUAAAUUGUGAGGUACUCUGGUACUAAAAGAUACUCUUGCUUCAAGUCGGUAGGAUCCACCGUUUUCUAGAAAAAUCGAUUUGAAAAUUUUUCGUUUUUUGAAUUUGAAAAAAAUUUUCAAAACAAAAAAUUAAUUACAAGACACCAUCUUCAAAAAGCUGUAGUUCUGCUAGGGAGCAUUUUCGGACUAGGUGAUUUGGAUCAAACCUCAAUAUUUUGAGCUCAAUAAUCUACAGUUAAAAACUUUUUAAUUAUUAAUGAAACACCGUGUAUAUAUUUUUUAAGAGAUCUGCCAUAAUGACUGCUUAGUUUAUAAAAUGAAUAUAUGUAUUGCUAGUUUUUAUGCUAUUCUUAUUAAUUUAUUGUUUCUUUUAAUUAUUAGUAUAAUAGUAUAUAUUUUUAUAUCGACUGUAUAUUGUAUAUUAUUUAAUAAAAUUGCGUUUAAAAUUUA